CGUUCUGAAGUAUUUGAAGUUAAUGUCCAAAUAUGGAGGGAAUGAACAAACGUAUUUCUGAUGGACUCAAAAAGGCUACGGAGGAAUGUCUAAACAGCAUCAAACACCUGUACCCCAAGAGUUUUUGCAAUGCGACAUUCGAUGGCUACAUCUGUUGGCCACCUACCUUACCAGGGAUGACCAUUAGUCGACCUUGCCCUUCAGUUGACGGUUUCACGUCAACUGGUCACGCCUACAAGAAGUGUAAUAGGAAUGGCACGUGGUAUAGUCCACCGGGAAACGAAUUCGCGGUUUGGACAAAUUACACAACCUGCGUUCUGCCUGACGAGGAAGAGGAGACAACUCCCUACGUCCCUACCGCGGCAGUGCAGGAGGUGAGUAUAGAUGUCGCUGUCCUCACAAACGACCUUCUCUUCUACUUCCUGAAUUGCAUAGCCGCUCUCGCCCUCAUCAUCGCCAUCAUCAUAUUCGGAUGUUGUAUCAAGAAAUGGUCUCUACGCUAUCAGAUUCUCAUCCCGCUAUUCCUAUCAGCUCUGCUUAUCUCCCUUGUGUCCUUGACCUUCAACGUGAUGCAAUAUAUCGACGACCCGACACAAAGCGAUCGUAGCUUAUCAGAAAAUCCAACAUCUUGCAUCACAAUAACUUAUCUCAGAAGAUUCUCGGAACUUGCCACCUACUCCUGGUUGAUGGUUCUCGGAAUAAAUUACAUGAUCUGGCUAAGAAAAUGCAACCUUAACAGGGGGCGUCUCCUCCUUUCCUUCUUCUUGGGAUUCGGACUUCCGGUAAUGCUAGCUUCCGCCUGGGUUGUGGCCGUGACCUUUUUCCUUCGUAGCAACCUAGCGUGCGUGUUGUACUACCAGCUAGACAGUACCCACUGGAUCACGGAUGCCCCGAAGUUCCUCAUCAUCGCAAUUGCUCUGCUCAUGUUGUUUUUGUGUAUGUGGUGGGCAACCUGUCGUCCUCUUGUCGCCUAUGAGUGUACUGAGAUCCGUCUAGUGUUGCAGAGUGUGUGGAAGGUCGUGUUGCUCCUGCUACUUCUUGCGGCGGCGGAAGUCUACCUGACCCUGUGCUCGUAUGGUAUCGUGGAGUCGGUCUCUGUUGCGGAGACUAUUGUGAAGGGAAUUCGGCCUCUCCUCAUCGCCGUUCUCCUGUGUUUCUUGGACACGGAGACAUGGUGCUGCUGUUACUACUAGAAGGACAGUCUCCAACCAACAUUCACAACGGAGUACGUGUUCCUAAUCUUAUUUCCCAUUGUUUUAUUCAUUCAACGAAACUAAGACUGUAGGCCCUGCUGUUUUCAAUAUGAAACAUCAAUUGCAACAUUUCACAAGUAUUCGGAUCAUACGUAAGUCUUGCUGUUGUGUCCUGAAUUUAUUAUGUAUGCUAAAAGUACCUAGUUCGUUUGUUUUAAUAGAGAGGUAAAUGUUGCACACCUUCAUCACUGUGGACACAACAUUUAAAUCAGCCAUGUCAAAAACCUUACACGUUUGGAAAGCAGGUGGUACAUUGUAUUACCGACAAUCUACACAGUUAAUGUCGGAUUUUAUUUUGUACACAUGGCUUCACUUACCAUUUAAGUGUGAAAGCCGUAAGAGAUAUUAGUUGACGGGAGGUAAAAGACUGUUUGUAAUUAUGGUGUAAUCAUCAGUGCAACCAUCAAUCACAUCUUAGGAUACCCCAUAUAUCAGCAAUUGAACGUUAUAAUAGCUGAUGUUUCAGCAGUUGGUCAUUAGAAUACCCGGUGGAUGAUGCUAGAGUGUUAGGAACUUACGCUCAGUGUUGAGAACGGACGUACUGUCGGGGUAUUGACAUCCGAUUCGCGAGGCACCAAGUUUGCUUAUGGUGAAGAAACCCCUGGAGGUAGCUGAUUCACUGCCACUUGUUCACUAUUUGACAGUCAUUCAUAUAUGUAUGCUGAUGAUAUAUACUAACGGACAAAAGAAAGUAUUCACCCAUGUUUUAGGGUGGACAAAAUGGUGAGGUGAGGUGAAAUGGGGUUUAACGUCGUACUUGAGAAUAUUUUGCUCAUAUGACGACGUGAAAGCGUGUGUAUA